AUGCCGUGCCAGAAGAACCAAAAGUCCUCCCCUAUGGUCCCCUCAAGAGACAUGUCUCCCCUCCCAGACUUCUGGCUCCCCGUCUUCUGGAAGAACCAAUUCCGCACCACCAUCGAACUCCCCACCAGAGAGAAAUAUCCCCAAGUCGAAGGCAGCACAGCCAUCAUCACCGGCUCUAACACAGGUCUCGGUUUCGAAGCUUCAAAGCAGCUCCUCUCUUUAGGUCUAUCUCAUCUUAUAAUGGGAGUUCGAUCUCUUGAAAAGGGCAAAGUUGCCGCUGAGAAGCUGAGAACCAUCGCACCAUCCGCUAGGAUUGAUGUUUGGCAGCUUGAUAUGCAAUCUUAUGAUUCUGUCCAGGCUUUUGCCAAGAGAUGUGACUCUGAGCUUUCUCGCAUUGACUUUGUUAUUCUCAACGCUGGUCUUUCGCCUAACAACUUCGAACUUGUACCUGGCACAGGUCAUGAAGUUGGUAUUCAAGUCAACCACCUCAGCACAGCCCUUCUCACAAUCCUUCUCAUCCCCAUCCUCAAGACCAAAACCUCCGGCCACGGCCCACCUCGUCUUACAACAGUGAACUCCCUCACAGCCCAUCUCUGCAAAUUCCCAAACAAAGAUGAACGCCCACUCCUCGCAUCCUUCGACGACCCGAAAAUCACACCAUGGAGUUCCCAAGAACGAUACGGUGUAUCAAAGCUUCUUAACCAACUCUUUCUCGUAAGACUCUGCGAAAAGGUCAAUCCUGAUGAUGUGAUUAUCAAUAUGGUUGAUCCAGGCCUUACAAAGGGUACUGGCCUUGGAGGUCAUCAUGAAAUGGGUGGUGUUGCUGGAGCGCUUGCAGGGGCGUUCUUUGCGAUUUGUGGAAGGCCUGUUGAUAGAGGUGCUGCGAGCUAUACUAAUGCUGUCUAUGGACAUGGAAAGGAGUCCCAUGGGUGCUUUUUGAUGAGUUGUGAGAUUGCACCGUUGGCGGGAUGGUUUUAUACACAUGGUGAUGUCUUGGUUGAUCAGGUUUGGAAUGAGACACUGGAGGAGUUGGACUUUGCAGGCGUCAAGGGCAUUGUUUCUGGCUUAUGA